UAUAGCUGACCAUGAUAUUGCAUGAUUUAAUGAGGUUUAUAGAAUAAUCUGAUGGAGUUGACAGAAACUGAGGACACAACUUUGAUAGGCAGAUUUUUAGGCAAAAAGCUAUUUGAUGUUCAGGCCAUUCAUUGUUUAUAUAUUUAUAGCCCUGAAUUUUUAUUUGAUGUAUAUGUUUUCACAAUUAUAGAGUUUUUUAAAGUUUUUUGGGGCUGGUCAAUAUUGUGACCUCUUGCUGAGGACACAAGCAAUAACAUGGACCUUCUAACCACAGACGUUUCAUUUAAACAAAUAUCCCCUAAAAAAGUAAAUAUCUGUGCUAAAAAAUAGGAUUGGUAUACACAAAUGCAUUAGAUUUAACUUUUUGAGUAUGUCGAACAUUUAGAAUUUCUUAAUUGUUUUGAAUAAAUUAGACUUUUCUAUGUAGGACAUGUUUUGUCCCGACUCUCAAGAAUGGGUGAUAUAUAUAUAUGAAUAUAAAAACAGAGAAAUAGUGUAUUAUCCCUCCACAGCUGAGUAUUCCAUUCAUACUUUAGUGUUAUUAGUCUGCUCCAGUGUGUAUUAAAAACAUUGACCAUAAGUGUUUGAGUGUUGAACAGUGUGCAUUAACAAAAAAUUAUGUUUAGUUUUGCAGUUCCACCUUGUGACCACCAGAGUCUGUCAAGUCACUUUAUUAUUGAUCACACAUUAACACUUCAGUUACUAUUCUACUGAAAUCUUUUUAAGGUAGGAUUGACAGAGUGGGAAUGCAAAAAAAUACAGAAAAGGAAAGAAAAGGGUGUCUGUGACAAUAAUUUUAAGUUAAAUUUUGACUUUGUUUCUUUCUAGGUGUCAGAGAAGCUGUUAUACCAACAUCAACAAAGCUCAGAUCUGUGUUUUAUGUAAAAAGUCUGUUAAUUCUUUUUAAAAAUAAUGUAAAGUUAUGUUGACGAUCAAUUAAAAUGUCAUGACGGUUUUCAUUUUCGUUUUCUUUUAGUGUUGCGUUCCCAGUAGAAAAUCCACCAAUCAGAAACCGCGUUUCUUCACGUUGCUAGGCAGAUUAUGUUAAUAUAUGCAAUGCAGCCGUCCCUGCAGCUACCAUUCUGAGGUAAGAACAACUUGUACGGCUUCCACAAAACGUAAGAUAUCUUUGACUUGGUUCCGGCUAGUUCUUUCGUACGACGUGUCAGUAGUCUUUCCGCUGAUUUAGAGUAAAUAUUCGGGUUGAUUCGGGGCUUUUGUACCGGUAGAAAAUAUCUCUUUUUUCCUUCGGCUCUCUCGGAUGUCGUUGUUGUUGUUAGUCCCACCCAAAAUGGCAGCCGGUCUUCCUUGUUCAGUGUAGACUUGAAGGGCUGGGCUCAACUAGAAGAGGGGGACGGGUGAACCUACCCAAAUAAUUUCGGGCUCUUUUAGUCUGAAAUCCACUUUAGUGAACAUUCUGAGAGUGUGCUCGGCGUCCCGGGGUCUGAUAAGUUAUAUUUGUCAACAGAGCCGGACGUACAUCGGGGCUAUAUGGCCGCAGUGCUAAUGUUGCGGUGCAGUAAAUGCCCGGGUUUCUGCGGCGCUGGUUUUUGUGGUAUGGUCCAGUUGGGACUGAGAACCUGCGGGGUUAAAAUAGGGGGGAAUUGAAUUUAUUAUUGAUUAUACCAAUUACAAAUCUGAGUGACUUUGAGAUCGUGAUUUUUCGUGGUAACUCCUGUACCGACAUACGGUUGUAUUUAGACGCCGUUUGCCGGGCGGCCUCGUGAGCAAACGUUGGCCGCCUUUUUCCCUCGUACCCCCGCUGAGAGGCUCGUGUGGCCGCUCUGAACACGCAGUGACAUGCGGGUUUAUUUUGGCUGCAUGUCCUCCUGUCUGCAGAGGGAACCUGUGCCCUGGUAGAUUAAAGCCUCUGUGGCAGAGGGCACGGCGGCUUUACACCAGCGCUCCUCUGCUCUCUGCACAGAGAUGGUUGCUGCAGUGCAUCAUUAUUGCAGCUUUCCUUCUCCAGUGGGUCGAGUGCAUGAAAAUAUUAUACACAUUAUCCCACAAUGAACCCCUCUGUGAUUAAAAGAUAAUAAUCUAAGGCUAAAAAGUAAAUCAUAUUCACUCAAAAGCCCCUGCAGAGGCUGUGCAUAUUUUACUUCAACAUAAAAAUCACAGUGCUGCAUUAAUAAUAUGAUCCCUAAAAUCAUAAGAUAUGUCAUGCAACUCAGUCCUCUUUCUGUUUCCAUGUAUAACAGGUGUUCCUGUGUGUCUCCAGAGUGAAGUGAAGUUAAGGAGGUAGGAGACAGGCCUGGCACCCUGCUGCCAUGGAGACCAAGCAGGAACCGUCAGCUGUGUGGAGUCAGACUGCCAACAGUGAUUCAGGCAACGGCGCACAGGUCUGACAUCCUGCCUUCAGUGUUCGAAUAUUUGAGGUGUAACUAACACAAACAAGUCCAAUUCAAUCAAUCAGAUUUUAUUCGUAUAGCGCCAAUUCACAACAGUUGUCAUUCCAAGAUGUUUUCCAAGGAGAAAAAGAGCAGGCCUGGACCACGCUCAUUGUUUGAUGAAUUAUCAAGACCCAACCUAAGAUGGGAUUUGGCUCAUCUCAUCUAACAUGAGUGACAGUGGCAAGAAAAACUUCCUUUUAACAGAUAGAAGCCUUGGGAAGGAACAGACUCAUGUUAGACAGCUACCAAGCCGCUGCAGGGAGGAAUACAGAAAGAGAUCAGGGGGAGAGAAAGAGAAUGAGUAAGGGAGAGGGAGAGAGAGAGUAGAGAACAAGGGUAAGAGAGAGAGAGAGGGGACAGCAGCAACAUUAAAACAACGUCAACAAAUGUGAUUACAGUCUGCAGGUCUAAUAGUAGUUGACUCCAGUUUUAUGUUAUUAAUGUCAAGUGCAGCUGAAGACUUGCGUUUGUUUAACAUCUAAAUAAUGUUGGUUCAAACUUAUUCAACGGAGGGUUAAUCCUGAGUCAGCUGUUGUAAAAAUGCUGCAGGUGGUUCACAGCUUUUAUGUCCUGGUUGUGUGUUGCAGGUGCAUUUUGAGGGCGGCACAGUGGCCCAGAUUGUGUACAGUGGAGAUCAGGCAGACCGGGGUCAGCAGCAGGUGGUUUACACUGCAGAUGGAAACUCCUACACUUCAGUCGAGUCUGCAGAGCACACACUGGUCUACAUUCACCCUGCUGAUGGUGGCCAGGUAAGAUUAUCUGCUGCAGAGAUAUUUUAAGCUGACAUUUUCUGGCUUUGGAUGACCCUCAUAACCAGAACAACAUGCACUGAUGAGUAGUCAGGGUUUUGUUUAGGACUCAGCUGCAGGUAGUGUGUGUUGAGAGUAUGACUGUGACAGAGAGAUACUGUGUAAGAUAUAGUCAUUGAAUUGUUUAAAGAAUUAAAACAAAUUAAUAUGUAAGACUUGUAAAUAACAUUAUAUUCAACUUGACUUUCAGGCUGUUUUCACUGACCAGCCUCAGGUAGCUUACAUUCAGCAAGAUGGCACAACACAGCAGGUGAGUUUAUAUAUGGAACAGUGAUGAAAUGACACAGCUGUAAACUUGAUCAAACUAUAAACUAAUAUAACCUCAUCCUCAGGUCACAGUUUUGCUGCCCAGUGGACAAAAUGCUGCAAACCUGCAUGUUCUCAGUAAUGUAGCUGAGGCCCCCCAAGCCAUCCUGGAGCCUGUCUCCCAGGUAAGGAGACGUGGUUUUCUCAGGGUUCCUACACGGUUGGAAUUUCUAUACUUUUACAUACCUGAAUUUUUAGGAUUAAUUUUGGAAAUACCUACUUUUCUAUUUUAGAAAACAGUAUUUUAGAACUGUGGUAAUAUAGUCUGGAAACAUAAAUAUUUUUCCAAACUUUUCAUCUUUGCCUAGGAACCCUGUUUUCUGCUGCUUACCUCUUUGACUGGGGGGUUGUAAUUGGAAUUAAAAUCCAUUUAGUCGCUCAGCUCUGAUUUACAAGUUUUACUCCCUGUGAAAAAUGUAAACACCUCCUGAAUAUGAAGGAUUGUUGUGCUUUAAAAGAGAGUCACUAAGUAAUGAUCAUUUGAUCUGAUCCAAAACAGGACCAGCUGUCUGCAUCUAAUACACUCCCCUCCAUGGCUGACAUUGGGGACCCCCCCACCAGUCCCCUCGGGGCCACAGAAGACUCCACAGAAGACUCUGAUGAGGAUGAGGAGGAAGACUCUGAGAUGGAUGAGUGGGAGUCUCGUGAGCCUCAGUCCUUCAACCCUCACAGCCUCUGUGAGUGAUUUCACACAUGUAUGACACAUUUCUUCUGCAGGCUCAGAGUUUAUGAUCGAGACAGUAAAAGUUUCUCCUGUGUGCCUCUCAGGGUGUGAGGAGUGUAACACCACCAACGCCUCAGUGUGUCUGAAACACGGAGCCCUACACCCGAUCCCCAACCGUCCUGUGUUGUCAAAGGCUCGGGCCAGUCUGCCUCUGGUCCUCUACAUAGACCGCUUCAUGGGUGGAGUUUUCUCCAAGAGACGCAUCCCAAAACGCACUCAGUUUGGACCUGUGGAGGGACCCCUGGUUCCUCAGAGUGAACUACAAGAACACUACAUCCAUCUCAAGGUAAAACCAGAACUCUGCAAUACUGACCUCUGUAUUCAAAAACAUCUUAGAUAUUUUAAAUCAUCAAAUAAACAAACAUCUUGUUUAUCAAACUCGUAUCUGCACUUUGCACUUUCUUGUCAUUUCAGCUCUGCAUGUUGGACACAGAGAAAGUCGGAGAGAAGUCUGAAGACAUGUGGUUUGACCUCUCCGAUGAAGACAGCUGUAACUGGAUGAUGUUUGUCAGACCUGCUCAGAACCACCUGGAGCAGAACCUGGUGGCCUAUCAGUACGGAUCGGAGAUCUUUUACACGACCAUCAAGAACAUCCAGCCCAAACAAGAGCUCAAGGUCAGCCUGCUGUUGUACAUUUUUGUGGGUUAUCUUGUACUACAUUCAGGAUUUGGUUUAUGAAAUAUGUCCCACUUAAUGUGCAAAAUUUUGAAGUACUUCUUCAGAAAACAAAGAGCUUCUAGAUAAGAUAAUCAGUCCUUUUCUAUCCCAAUAUUUCUGAAAUAACUGUACUGAAGUUUUUGUUUCAUGUUUUCAUCUGCAGGUUUGGUACGCAGCGUCAUACGCAGAGUUCGUCAAUCAGAAGAUCCACGAUGUUACAGAGGAAGAGAAGAAAGGUGAGUCUUUGCACUGAACAUGUCUGAUAACGAACAGGAGUUAGUGGUGGAGUUGUUCCUGGUCCUCACUGUCCGUUUUCCCCUCAGUGCUGCGAGAGCAGGAGAAGAACUGGCCUUGUUACGAGUGUAACCGACGCUUCGUGAGCUCUGAGCAGCUGCAGCAACAUCUCAACCUGCACGACGAUAAAUUAAGCUCCGUUUCCAGGUAAGAUCUAUUUAUUUUCUAUCAUAUUUACUCUUGAACAUUUCCACCAAAUUCAAUCCGACAUGGUCUGAAUCUGUUUUUCUUACUCUCUUAGAUCCAGAGGCCGAGGGCGGGGGAGAGGGAGGAGAAGGUUCGGGACAGGAAGAAGACCGGGGCGCCCGCCGAAAUUUAUACGUUUGGAGCCGAUGGUUGAUACCAGCGGGGACAAAACAACAGUAGGUGAACGAAAGGAUGGAGAGGAAAUAUUUCUGUCUGAUAAUGUGAUCAUGUAGAAGUAAAAACUGGAGUGAAGUGUUUGAAUCUUUGUAAAUAAAUAACUGACCGGUCACAAUCAUUUUCAAAACCACCAAAAGCUACAACAGUUUUUUUUAAGUCUCCUUUAUUUGAUUGAAUUUGAAUCAGGAGAUGUUGGAGCUGACAGAGAAACCGCUGGAGGAGCCAGUAGAGGGCGCCCAGAACGGGCUGAAGGUGGUGGAGAUGGAUCCAGAACCGGACGCUGGGACUGAGGAAGAGGACCAGCUCAUACCUCCUGCAGGAGACCCCAGCCCAGGGUCCAUAACUCCUCCCUCCAACACAGACGUGCCUGUCCCGCUGAAGGAGGACCCGUCUCAGAGCAGCCAGUCCGACUCCCACCUCACAUCUCAGGACCUGCGGCGAGCGAAGAGGAUACGGGUAAGAUGGCCGACUCUCAACCGAACAAGUCUGAUAUUUGGUGUUAACCUCUGGGCUCUGGACUGCCUUUACAAAGUCUGUCUCUCUUUCUCAAUGUGUGCUCUCCUCAAAGAUGGAUGGGCAGGUAGGUUGGCGUUGGAUCAAAGCAGAAAAACACCAGAUUCACCUUCAUACUUCGAUGUUCCCCCUCCCACUGUCACUUUUGUCAGCCCUCUCCCAAGUCUUGGUGUCUCCCCGUCAGAAAACACGAUCGAUCUCUCAGAGUAACCUCUCUCUCUCUCUCUCUCUCGGCUCAGAACGCGGCGCUGCAGCACCUCUUCAUCAGGAAGAGUUUCCGUCCCUUUAAAUGCACACACUGUGGAAAAGCCUUCAGGGAGAAGGACAAGCUGGAGCAGCACCUGAGGGUCCACAGCCGGGACGCUUACGCCUUCUCCUGCCACAUCUGCAGUAAGAACUUCAUGAGUGACUCGGCUCUGGAGGAUCACCUGCUCGUCCACACGGAGAAUCGCUCCUACUCGUGUCUUUUAUGCCCCAAAAGCUUUGAGAGGCUGGACCUGCUCAAAGACCACGUGGGGGUUCACGCUGUCGACGGCUGCUUCACCUGUCCCUCCUGUAAGAAGACGUUCACCGACUUCAUCCAGGUUUGUAGUCUUUGUCUUAGAGGGUUCUUGGACCAGUUUGAAACCACUUUAGAAAAAUCCACAAACAUUUAGGAGAGCUCACAAAACCUUCACCAGAACAUCAGAACAUUUUCUGGACUGUUGAAUCUUCUGCUCCUCAGGUGAAGAAGCAUAUCCGCUGCUUCCAUUCUGAGAAGAUCUUCCAGUGCCCGGACUGUGAGAAGGCCUUCUGCCGACCGGACAAGCUGCGUUUGCACAUGUUACGCCACUCAGACCGCAAAGACUUCCUGUGCUCAACGUGUGGCAAACAAUUCAAGGUAAGAUUAAAAAUAUGGACCUCUGACCCCCAAUUUCCACCGCAUCUGAAACGGCUAUGAAAAGGCUGUAUCUGCUGAUCGUAGCUGAUCGUAACCAUUCAAGUUAACGUGUCAAUUUCCACCGACUUCUUUUCGUUCCUCUGCGGAUCGCCGGACUCCUCAGCUGAUCACAAGAGUUCUAUUUUUUACGGAUGGCGGAGCAUGGCGGAUAAAUUCAGCACAGAUUAACCCGUGCUGGAAAGGAAGUCGGGCACAGACACAAAAUAAAACAUCCGGCUUCUUUUCAAAAUAAAACACUCCGUGUUUCAGGAGGAUCGUAUUUCACACCAUGCAAACGGGCGGAGACGAACAAGUGAAAGGUUUUUAGACGUCAUUUCACCCCGAUGACACCAUGGAUGAGGAGAUGCUGAUUCUAGAAGUCUAGAAGUAGAUUUCCUCCUCUGGAAGGACACAAUCUACUGCUUAUAUGUCUACGUGUCUGUCUUUAUAGAGACGACUUGUUAUCGUAGUUUCGCCAUGAAAUUUCUAUCACAAACAGAUCUGGUAGAAAUUGGUGGAUGGCGAAAAUUGGCAGAUGCCGUUUUGGAUGCAGUGAAAAUUGGGGGUAAGAAACAUCAGGUGCAGGUGUUGGUUUCUGGUUCUGGUUCUAAAAGUUCUGAUUCUGUAUUUUAUUUCCUCGAUGUAAAGAGGAAAGAUAAACUAAGGGAGCACAUGCAGCGGAUGCACAACCCCGACAGAGAGGCCAAGAAGGCGGACCGGAUCCACCGCUCCAAAACCCUCAAACUGAAGGUUCCCACCACCGACUUCGAGAGCUUCAUGUUCAAGUGCAGAGUCUGUAUGAUGGGGUUCAGGCGCAGAGGGAUGCUGGUGAGCUCAAACUCUCAGAGGAAGCUUUUCAUUGGUCGAUGGUGAAUUUCAGCGCAGUAACCUGUGAUCAUCGUCUGCGUACAGGUCAAUCAUUUGUCCAAACGUCACCCGGAGAUGCGGAUCGAUGACGUCCCCGAGCUCACGCUGCCCAUCAUCAAACCCAACAGAGACUACUUCUGCCAGUACUGUGACAAGGUCAGUGUUUCUCAUGUGUGUUUAAUUUGAUCUGAGCUUUUAUUCUGAUAUUUACGAAACAAACGGACGGACUGAUCAUGUUCCAGGUCUAUAAGAGCGCCAGUAAGAGGAAAGCCCACAUCCUGAAGAACCACCCGGGGGCUGAAUUACCUCCCAGCAUCCGAAAACUGCGUCCAGCCGCUCCCGGAGAGCCAGACCCCAUGUUAAGCACACACACACAGCUGACCGGAACCAUCGCCACGGCGCCGGUCUGCUGCCCACACUGUGCCAAACAGUACAGCAGCAAGGUGAGUCCACUUCCUCUCACGUCUGUGGAGCUUUGAGGAAGCUGUAGGUCACGCUCGUGUGUUUGUCUCUCAGACUAAAAUGGUUCAGCACAUCAGGAAGAAGCACCCGGAGUUCGCUCAGCUCGCCAACACCAUCCAGACCCCUCUGACCACAGCUGUGAUCAGCAGCGCUCCGGCAGUCAUCAGUGCAGACGGGACCACAGCAGAGGCCGUCGUGGUGAGAGAGAGAGAGGAUUUCCUUUAAUUAAGACAGAACGCAGUCCAGAACCAAAGCUGGGAUCACAAAGUCCGGACCGGAUCUGAUAACGGUUUUUAUUCUCUCCACAGACGACAGAUCUGCUGACUCAGGCCAUGACCGAGCUUUCUCAGACGCUUACGACGGACUACCGCACAGCGCAGGGGGACUACCAGAGGAUCCAGUACAUCCCUGUCUCUCAGGCAGGAGGCAGCCUGUCCACGCCUCAACACAUCCAGCUGCAGGUGGUGCAGGUGGCUCCGGUAAGAUCCAGGACCAGAUCUAGGACAUGGAUUUGUUUUAUUUAGAAACAUUUCUGCGGUGGAUCGAAGUGUAUUUCAGAAAUUUUAACAGUUCUCUCUACCCUGUGUUUGUUCGACAGGCUUCCUCCCCACAUUCCCAACACCCGACAGUCGAUGUGAGCCAGCUGCAUGACCCUCACGGCUACAGCCAGCACUCCAUCCAGGUCCAGCACAUCCAGGUCACAGAACCCACAGGCUCCAGUCAAAGUGCCACACAGGUAAGUCCUGACUGAGGGGACAGUUGUCUUCUGUGUGAGAUUUGUGAUUAAAAACCAUCUUUUCUCUCUCCUCCAGGUUUCAGGUCAGCCUCUGAGCCCCUCCUCCCAGCAGCCGGGUCAGGACUUGAGCCCCACCCAGCUGACCCCUGUGACCUUGGCACAGAGUCACAGCCUGCAGAGCGGCAGCAGCCAGCAGCAGGGCACGGUGCAGCACACGUACAUCCCCUCCAACUGGAACUACAGAAGCUACCGUGAGUCUCGCAGACGCAGCAGACUCUGCAUGAAUCCAUGUCCUGAACUUUAAUCUGAAACCUUCUUCCUGUCGUAGCGUCUGAAAUCCAGAUGAUGGCUCUACCUCAUACCCAGUACGUGAUCGCUGAGGCCAGCACACCUGUCACUGGAGUCAACAGCAGCCAGGUGAAAACAGUAAGUGAAGCGUGUCAGGUGAGAGACUUCAAGAAAUGCUCAGAAAUCGUCAAACGAGCUCGUAACCGACUCUCUCUCUCCUCCGUGUUCUGCAGACACACUACGUGAUCUCUGAGGGUCAGACCGAGCUGGAAACCAAACAGACUGUUUCACAAAACACAACACAAACACACACCGAACAGCUGGAGCAGCAGACGUCCAAUCAGCAAACCACCGCACAGUUCAUCAUCACCACGACCACCAACGGCAGCAGCGCCGGUGAAGUCCACAUCACCAAACCCUGACGUGUGCAGGGAGGAGACACUUUGGCGCGUGUUAAAGACUCGGUCACUCAGACGCGGUUACAGAGAUGUACAUCCAGAGCUCGAGCGAGGAUGAAGUGAAGACUAGCACAGUUUUAUGUGUCUAUAUGUGAAAAUAAAAACGGUGGAGAGAGAAAAUGUAAGUUUUGAAGGGAAAUGAGGAGAUAAGAUGAAGGUAUUAUUAUUAAAUAUGUGCAUGUGUCAGUGUGGAAACGGAUCAUUGUGAGGUUUCACUGAAGGAGUAAAUCGUUUUGUUGUUCAGUCCUCACGCAGAUAUAAGUUUCCAUUUUAAAUAUUUAUACAGUCUGAGCCAUUUUCUUACAGUAUUCAUCUUUGUAAAAAGAACUGGAGUGAAAAAUGUGAAAACAAUCAUGACGCCGGCCUCCCAAAUCUAAUCAUCGUGUUUUUGCCUCACACCCUGUCCUCUGUGGCGUCUUCGUUUCCCUGCUUGUUGGAUUUUUCCUUCUUAAAUCGUCACUUUUAUCCACUUGUUAUUCUGAAUCUUCCUGAGUUAAAAACACAGAUUUUCUCUGUCCUCAUCAUGAAUUCAGCCUCUGUGGUUUUAGAGUAAAAUUCCAGAAACUCUUCUCCAGUUGGGUCCUGAUGUAAAACCAAGCUUUAAAAAAACAUUAUAACUCCAUCAAGCGAAAUAUUUUUUAGUAACGCUUGAAGCCAGAACACGUGAUUUAUCACACACUGCUAGUACAGCCUGUAUUCUACAGAAGAGGAUUAGGGCCACUGGAAAAAAAAGAAAAAUGUCUGAAAUUUUUUUUAUUAUUAUUAUUCUGAGAAAAUAAGUCAGAAUUCUGGCUUUAAACUCAUCAUUCCAACUUUUUUUCUCAGAGUUCUAACUUCAAUUUGAGAAUUCUAACUUUAAUCUCAGGAUUCCAACUUUUCUCAG